AUGGCUAAAGAAGGUAGAGUGGGCAAGGACGGUGUUUCCCAACUAUGGGCAAGAGAAGCCCCACCAGGAAGGUGCUCAGGCGAAGAGGCACCCGGUCCGUCGGCAAAGAGAUCGAAGAUCCAGCCGUCGGUCUCCUUUGCCGAGAUUACCAAAGAUCGGGUCCUAUUUGGACUUAUAGACAGGGGAAAUCCGGAGAACAGGAUCCCCAGAAAUAAAUGGAAGGCGGUUGAGUCCAAGCUUUCUCUUAUUUGCCUGCGUAUGGUACGCGAGAAGCCCGGUUCAGCGCCUUGCUGUAUGGACGCGGGCUGGUACCAGGGCAGUGUAAAAGUGGAGGCCUGCGAUAAUCAGCGAUCAGCUGACCGAUACAAACAGGCGGUAGCUCAGCUCGGAGCAGUUUACGAAGGGGCGAAUAUAGUCGCACUAGAUUGGUUUGACGUCCCCAGUAGACCUCGAACCAGAAUUAGGCUCCCAGCAGCAAUCGUAUCACUGGAGGACAUCCUUUAUAUGUUGCAAGAAUGCAACCCACAUCUGCCCACAAAAGACUGGAAAGUCGUUAAGGUGGAGGAGCACGCAGGUGACGCGAACCAAGCGAUCGUGGUGCUGAACAAGGAGUCGGUCGCUCCCAUAGAGGCUGCUCGGGGAACGAUCAACUAUGGUUUCAGUGCCAUACAUGUAAAGAUUUAUAAAGGGGACUCUAAUUCCUCGGGAAGUCCUGCCGGCAACCCAGCGGAGCAGGUGCUUGCGGAGGAAGUGGAGGCCCCUGGUGUGCCGGAGGACGGCUACUCAUCCGACUCGUCGCUGAGCAGAGAGAUGCGAGCGAUGGGACCGGCAAUCGAUGAAAUGGACCUGAGCAAUUCGGAGGCCGCUAAGACUCCUGUAGAUCAACCUACAUCACAGUAA